GGGGCUGACCUAUUUACCAAUAGCUAAAUGUUUGACAUUUAUACGAAUGUUUCUUUGGUUUCAGGUGCCUACGGAACUGUUUAUCGAGGACGUGACAAUCUCACAGGUCGCGUGGUUGCCAUUAAAAAAGUUCGCAUCUCGCUCAGCGACAAUGGAGUAAGUGCAUCCACGGUACGGGAAAUCGCGCUGCUGAAGCAACUGAAUACAUAUGAUCAUCCACACGUAGUCAAAUUGUUUGACGUAUGCCAGUUUUUGGAGCAUGAUGGAAAAUUACUAAUUCUACUAGUAUUCGAACAUGUAGAGCAAGAUUUAUCCGAUCUGAUUGAAAACUUGCCAAAAUCUGGCAUGUCAACCACAACCAUACAGCGCCUUUCCCGUGAAUUGUUGACCGGCGUAGACUUUUUACACGCUAAUCGCAUAAUCCAUAGGGAUCUGAAACCACAGAAUCUGCUCGUCUCUUCUCAAGGAUGCUUAAAGAUUGCUGAUUUUGGUUUAGCCAAAACAUACGAUGUGGAUAUGAGACUUACCUCGGUGGUGGUGACGCUUUGGUAUCGGGCACCAGAAGUUUUACUUGCUCAGGGUUACAAUAGCACCGUGGAUAUUUGGAGUGCUGCCUGCAUUAUAUUUGAAAUGUUCAGUUGUCGUCCCUUGUUUCCGGGCACCUCCGAAAAGAAUCAACUGGAUCGCAUAUUCGAGCUCACUGGACGCCCCACCGAUCAGCAGUGGCCCAAAAGCAUAUCCAUAGCUAGGGAACACUUUCCUCCACGUCUACCCAAGCGCCCACGUGAUUUUUGUCCAUAUUUAUGUGAAUAUGCGGAUGAUUUAUUAUACAAAAUGCUUUUGUACGACUUACAUGAGCGUCCCUCAGCGCUGGCUUGCUUGGAACAUGAUUAUUUUCAGCAGGAGCCCUUGUAAUAUUUUUCCCAGCAGAUAAUAUACAAUAAUACAGUAUAUUGAUCGUCAAAUGUUCCUUUAUUGUAAUUGUAUUUACAUACAUAUAUUUUUUUGUAAUUUUUGUUUAUGAACGUAAACAUGUACUAAUUCCUUUACAACAAUACAUAUGUAUGUGUAUAUGUUUAGAAUGUAAGUUUAAGUCUAAGUUUAAGAGCAAUAGUUUUGCAAACUGCCUUAGAAUCGAAACUCAGGGAUUUGCAUCCUGUUUGAAAUGUGAUACAAAACGUUCAGGACUAAACAUACAAAAGAGACCACACAAAAGAUAAUACACAAUAUAAAUUAUGUGCUAAAUUCAACAGCUCUUAAUAUCCUGUACAAACAAACAAACUGUUAAAUAUAAUAAUGUA